AUGAGACUCGCUCUGCUGCACCUUGCCCUCGUAGCCAUCACAGUCGUUGCUGCACAGAAUGUGCAAGUGCCAUUUGGUCGUCCCAUGGACACGUAUCCAGGUUUCGACCUGGAUCUGAAUGAGCUUCGAUGGGUUAUACUGGAAGGUCAACCUCCCGCGCUGAUGACCGAACUCGAGAAGAUUGAGCUUAAAGCACAAGGAAUCAAGUUUUUUGACGUGACUGAGACUCCCGACCUUGGGAAGCUUUCUCAUCUGAGAGCUGCCGCCAAACCGACCUACCCGUCGCCCCAUCAAGAGGAAUUAGUGAAACCUGUACUGGAGACUCUGAAUAUUGAAAAUCUCAAGAAAGGGCUUUCAACUUUCAGCAGCUUCCGUACCAGAUAUUAUCGUAGUGAUACGGGAAAGCAGAGUCAAGAGUGGCUUCUGUCUACCAUUCAAAAUAUAACUUCUGUAUAUGCAUCUCCGUCACUCAAAGAACUCAUCACUAUCCAGGAGUUUCCUCAUACUUGGGCCCAAAGUACUGUGAUUGCAAGAAUCAACGGAUCUUCAUACACCGACGAUGGCGUUGUUAUUAUCGGAGCUCACCUAGACAGGUUCUUACCCUCUACCAAUACAUGGCCAUUCCUGCCUGCACCCGGCGCUGAUGAUGACGGCUCUGGUUCCAUGAGUAUUUUAGAAUCCUACAGGGCUCUGCUGGCGGCCGAUUUCCACCCUGAACGUGCCGUCGAAUUCCACUGGUACUCUGCGGAGGAGCCAGGGUUGCUCGGAUCCCAGGCGGUAGCUCAAGAUUACGAACGACGUGGUGUGAACGUUAUCGCCAUGAGUCAGUUUGAUAUGACAGCGUGGGUCAAAAAGGGAACUCGAGAAGAAGUUGGGAUCAUCGUAGACUACACUGAUUCAGCUCUCACGGACUUGAACAAGCAACUGGUGGAGACAUAUUUGACAAUCCCAUUUGUUGAGACCAAGUGUGGAUACGCCUGCAGCGACCACGCCUCGUGGUCCAAGGCCGGCUAUCCGUCCAUCUUCACCAUCGAAAGUUCCUUUGAGAACAACAACAAUCACAUUCAUGGCACGAGCGACCGCAUCGAUGUGUCGGACGAAUUCAGCUUCUCCCACAUGCUUGAGUUCUCCAAGUUGGCGGUUGGAUUUGCUGUGGAACUAGGAGGUUGGGUAAAGACAAAGUAG